GCCAGAAAGGGUUAGAGAAAGGAGGGCUCUGAAACUGAAUCGAAGCAGAGAAAAGGGAAAUGGAGCUUAGUCUGUCAGGGAACAGUCUAAAAACCUUCUCCCGUUCAAUUACUUGCCUUGCUCGUGUUGGUAAUGAACUCUCCAUUCAAGCUUCUCCAUCACAGCUUGGAUUUCACACACUAAAUACAUCCCGGUCAGCGUACCAGUCUAUUACAUUGAAGCCUGAAUUCUUCGAUGUUUAUACAAUUUCUGAACCUCAAGUUCAGUGCAGUGUGCUUUUGAAGGCUGUUUGUGCAGUUCUAAGAACUCCAGUUGCGAGUAUUGAUCGCCUUUGUGUACUACUGCCGAAAUCUGAUGCUUCAAAAUUGCAGUGGACUAUAGAUUGCACCAAUGGUAUGAAGAAAUCCUAUUGGAUUACUUGUAAUGUUGAGCCUGACAUACAACAUCUUACUCUUGAUAGGACGAGGUUCCCAAGUAAUUUUGUAGUGAGACCUCGUGACUUGAACAGAUUGCUUGGUAAUUUCCAGUCAUCACUUCAGGAGAUCACUGUGAUUGCCACAGAACCAACUCCCUUACCUUGUGAUGAUGAAAGUGAAAUAGGAGGGAAAGCAGUCGAGCUUAGAAGUUAUAUCGAUCCAACCAAAGAUGAUAGUGAUACAGCUUUACAUACUCAGCUCUGGAUAGACCCUUCUGAAGAAUUUCUGCAGUAUACACACACUGGAGAUCCUGUGGAUGUGACUUUUGCGGUGAAGGAGCUAAAGGCAUUUCUUACCUUCUGCGAGGGAUGUGAAGUUGACAUUCACAUAUUUUUUGAGAAAGCAGGCGAGCCUAUUCUAAUGGCACCAAAAUUUGGUCUUGAUGAUGGGUCAACGUCAGACUUUGACGUGACACUGGUUUUAGCUUCCAUGCUUGUAUCUCAACUUCAUCCACAAAAUCCACCAGAGUGUCCACCAGCAGCAGACCCUGAAACAUGUGAUCGAGCUGAUCAGGGAACAGGUUCCGCAGCUCAGCAGGAGGGUUCAAGAGCUUGUGUUUCUGAGCAACCAUCAGAUCAUACCAGAAUCUGGUCAGAACUUUCUGGAAGUGCUGCCAGAAGUGGAAGUGGUGUUGAAGAGAGACAGGUUGAACCAAGAGCGAAUCCAAAUAUUAAUGGAGAAAGCUUAAUGGAGAGGGUUACAGCAAUGGGUAUUUCAAACAGGGCUUCUGCAAGGGAAGGCAUGCUUGCUGACCAUGAUAUGAACCAUCUUCCAGUCGAAACAGCCAACGUGCAAGCACCUCAAGGGGGAGAUGAAAUGGAUGGCCAUGGAUGGUCCCAACAUCAUCCUAGUAACUGGGUAGGUCCAGAUGAGGAUGAGGAUGAAGAUGAGAAUGACAUGUGUGUUCAAUCAACACCUCCAUACUAGCAAGGAAAGCAACAGACGUAGGUAGAAGAUGUUAAACAACCACUUUGAAAUUGUAGCAAGCCUGACUGAGUACAAUUCAAUUCCAGGUAUAUGUUCAGUUUUAUGCUGGAUGUAAUAAGAAUAUUGGUUGUUUACUCGUAAUUAAACUGAUUUUUCCUACAGAGCCUGAUUUCUUUAAAUUUUUAAUUUCUUAUUAGGGACCCAUUGUUGCUCCUUGUUAAAAGUAAAGUUGAUUCUUGUCUAUAUACUGGUCUGAAAUCCCAGUCUAGUAAGUAACAGUUGUAGUUAGAUCUACCAUGAUACUGGUUCAUUAAAAAAUUGUCCUACU